AUGGGUAGAAAGGAUAAGCAACGUAAAAGACUACGUGAUUUUGCUAAAUUAAAAGAAAAGCAACGUCAACUGCAUUUGGAUCAAUUCAUUGCAACUUCAGAUAAUCUUAAGAAUAAAUUAAUUGCAACUUCACAGAACAGCGUACCACAAACGAUCGAUGAACAACCAACUGGGAAUAUAGAGGAUAAUGAUAGUACUGAAUUAACUCCAUUGCUACUUAAAAAACAAUCUGAAAAUCACAUAGCUGUUGCCGAAUCAUCAGGAAUAGAUGCUUUAAAAUCAGAUACAGUAGAGGAACCAAUUGAAGAAGAGGUGACAUCUUUAGCUCACCAAAAACAGAAAAAUAUAUCUGACGAUAAUCAGUUAAUUGAAGAACCGUCACGGCCACAAUCUAGUCGAGAGGAAAUAUCAUCAUCAGCUAGCACAAAUGAGGCACCAAUUGUUCCUCACAAGAAAAUUCAUUCUCCUUCAUAUGGCUCUAUUGAACAACGUUUGUCACAUGAAGAACCUGCGUUCACCGAAGAAGUAGUAGAUUUAGAAACAAACAAUCGAGAUAUAUCACUACUAAACGAACCACAAUUAACUGCAGGUAUGAUAUUUCUAUUCUCUUUACUCUUGUUUACUAUUAUUUUUGAUUUCACAUUAGCAAUGAUGCUAUCAACAACUAGUGGGUCACAUGUCAAACAAUCAAGUAACUCAUCAUGGAUUAUCGCUUCUUAUUUGAUAACUAUGUAUAUUUCACAAUUGUUAACUGCACAGGUUUCUGGGAAAUAUAAAAACUAUAAAACUUUAUCAUAUAUCGGUACAAUGCUAUUUUUAAUAGGUAGUAGUAUACUCACUAUUAAAACUGUAUCAUUUUGGUGGAUUGUUAUGGCAAGGUUCAUCCUUGGGUUAGCAAGCGGAUCUUUGAUAUACGUAAUGUUGACAAUAAUUAACAAGUGCAUUCUCAAUAAACGAUUCUCUCGUCCAUCGAUGAAAAUAUUUACAAUUCCUAUAGUAGGAGGGUUAUCAUUAGCAUAUGCGACUGCAAUUUUCAUUACCUCAUGGCAAAAUGUUUACUUCCUUCUCGCUAUUUUUUCAUUCUUUACACUAUUCCUAAUAAUGUUUUAUUUCCCUUCAAACGAGAGUUAUAAAACCAAUAAUACAAAUCUGUCCUCAAUUGUUGCAACUCUUGAUAUUGAUUUGAUUGGUUGUACGAUACUUUCUGUUUUCCUACUCUUAAUUGCUGUUAUUACUACAGGUAAUUCUAAUGGAUUUUCAAUAACAUCACCAUACUCAGCAACUUUAGUCAUUUCUAUCAUUCUGGUAGGAAUUCUUUUAUUACUUUCAGAAACUACCACCAAUAAGAACCCGAUAAUACCAUUAGAUUUCAUUGAAAACAAAGUAAUAUUUUUCAAAUCUUUGACUGUAUUUUUUGCAUCAAUGUCAUUGAUCACGUUUAUUCAUUAUUUCCCAUUUUAUCUUGAAAAGACACUAAAUAUAUCUCUAUUUGAUAUAUAUAAGAGAACAAGUCCAAUGUUUUUGACCAUUCUAUUCAUAAUCAUAACCGUAUCCCGUCGUAUCAGUACGCAGAAUACACUAUCAUAUGGCUUAGUAACCUUCUUUGGCAUAAUGGGACUCAUAGGACAAUGCAUAUUACUAAACUAUGUGUAUAAUGAUACUGCUGAUUACAAACUGUGGAAACAAUGUAUGAUCGGAAUACUACCCAUCUUAGGGUCUACUUUUUUGGUUAUUGCAACUUUGAUGGAUGUAACAGAUGAUAAAAAACUACCAAUUAUAUCUACAUCUAGCUUCGCUGUAAGCACAUUAGGUUCGAUUCUUGGUAUCUGCAUAAGUGGAUUCAUUUUCAAUCAAGGGUUAUACGAUGAAUUAUGGGUACAUUCUACUGAGGAGAAGGGGUUGGGUAAAAUCAUUAGAAAAAUGAUCAAUAACUCAGAGUAUGAGUCAUCAUCGAGAUAUUACUGUUAUGAAAUAUUGGAGAGUUACUUUAUUGUAUCUGGUUAUGUGUUUUUAUUUUCAGCAAUAUGCUUACUGGUGGCGGUAAUUUCAUUUUGUUUCACUAUAAAAAAUAAGAGACAUCAUUAG